UGAAGGCAUCCUCGUGUGGUCUCGCACAAGGCUGCCCUCAACAAACAAACAAGUGUUGCCACAACGCGAGCUUUCUUUACCUGAGCACUGAGUAGCACAAAUUCAACUUAAUUAAGUGGUCCUAAACAUUUGCCACAAACACUGACCAUUAAUUCCUUGAAUGUUUGUAAUAAGGAAUAAAAGCAACUUAGUGGAGCACCACCUGUGCGGGAGGGGGUGGUGACGGUGGCACCUUCACGCAAGUGCCGAGGCAGGAACACGGAGAGAGGGCCAGUCGGUACUAGGCCGCGAUGCGGGUGGUGUAAUUCCGAAGUGUGUUGAAACGAUACGCUGUUAAUUUCUCGUUAUUAAUAAAAGUAAAACUGAAAUAUGUAAGCAUCAGAGUUACACCGUCAACGCCGCGUACAUUCUGAUAGAUUAAUCUUCUAGUCUCUAGUCUCAUUGGAAAACCACUUUCAAUAUAUGGCUGGUGAAAAUUGUAGCUACUUUGCGAAUAACUCUUCAUUAGAUAAUUUGUGCUGUACCACAUAAUAAGAAAGUAGAAAGAAAUCGCAUAACCAGAUAUGAACUUCACCAGGACUCAAAGCCGCCUUCUCGUGGUAAUAUCAUUACUAAUAGUGUCCACUGUUACAGGGGACCUGGCACCAACAUUUGGAAUAUGCUGUGGUUAUGGAGCCAACUGGGCCCGAGAAUCCCAACAGUGUUCUGCCUUUCCCACUUCCAUCAAUGAACUUUCCACUGAGCACCAGUCCAUCUGUGUCACUGCUGCUGAAAUCUGCUGCCUGAGAUACUCUAGGAAUGAACAGUGUCAGAAUGGAAGGCAUGCAGCACAGUUGGGGCAAGACUGUGCACCCUCAAAUAGUCAGGGUGGGGAAUACUUCAAGGACUGCUGCCAGGCAUGCAAGCUAGGCAUUUUCAGUGGUGGCAUGGGCAUGGGUUGUGGCACAAGUUUCAAGUUUGGUUUUCCAUGGGACAAUGCCUACCAUGAUUGCUGCAAUCAGGCAACAUCGACCAACUUAUCCCCAAACCUCUCAGGUAAUCAAGUAGACAAUGAGAAUCUAUAUCCAGGAGUGCCAAACGUACCUAGUAAUAUUCCAGAUUCAGAAAACCUGUGUAAACAGUUGCCAGGCAAGCUGUGUUCAGAUUUGUGUGUGCCAACACCUGGCUCAUAUCGUUGUAUGUGUCGUCCUGGGUUUACUCUCUUCAGAGAUGGCAAGACCUGUAUUCAGGAUGCUAUAACUGACAGGUGUGAAGAGAAUAAUCCCUGUGACCAUAUCUGCAAGGACACUGGUGUUUCUAUAGUAUGCUCUUGCAACCCUGGCUUCAUCCUUGAGGCUGAUCAGAAGUCCUGUGAAGAUAUAAACGAGUGCAUCAGUGGUGUGCAUGGCUGUGUAGCAGUGGAACAGGUGUGCUAUAACCUGGUGGGCUCUUAUGUCUGCAUCAACGCGGAUGGCUCUUUCUCUGCCCCUGGCCCUACCCCCAUCCACCCUAGCUCUCCCAGUGGUCUGCCAGCAGAUUCCAGGAUCACUGCCUAUGAUAAAAAUGAAGUAGCACAAGGUCGAAAUCCUUUAAUUCAUGGUGGGCAUGGUACACUUGGAGUGCAAGGAUUUCCUGGUACCAACCCAGAACCUAGACUCUCAGGUUUUUCCCAAUCUCGUGGCCGCUGUCCACCUGGCUACAGUUUCAAUCUUGAUUCUCAAGCAUGUGAUGAUGUCGAUGAGUGUCAGGUGACUUCUGGCCUAUGUGUUCGCGGAACAAUCUGUCAGAACACCAUUGGUUCCUACACCUGCACACAUAUGCCUGUUGUUGACUGUCCAUCUGGGUUUGCUUUUGAUUUGAAUCUCCAGUCUUGUUUGGAUGUUGAUGAAUGUGAAGAUGAUUCUCAUAACUGCAACUGGACUACCCACAUCUGUGUGAACACUCAAGGAGGCUACAUGUGCCAGGAAAAGAGUGGGUCUUCAGAAUGUGUUGCUGGGUAUAAAUUCAGCACUCAACAGCAAAAAUGCAUAGAUGUUGAUGAGUGUGCUGAAGAGCUCCAUGGCUGCCAUCCAGAAGAAGAGACCUGUAGAAACACUGAUGGUGCCUAUGAGUGUGACAUAGCUUGUGAAGAAGGUUUCCAGUUCAGUCUUGUUCUUAGAGCAUGUGUAGACCAGGAUGAGUGUGUGGAUGCUCCAUGUGAGCCUGGCUGGGAAUGUCGCAACACAGUGGGAUCCUACUUGUGUCACGAGCUGCCUCGCGCCUUCUGUCCAGCAGGAUAUAAGCCAUCCAAUGGCUCUGCCUCAGGCUGUGAAGACGUGGAUGAAUGCGUGGAAGGUCUUCAUUCCUGUCACGCUGUGAGGGAACUCUGCAUUAACGAAAUUGGCAAGUAUCGUUGUGAAGCCAUCAUCCAUAAUGAAGUGAAUAGGGAAGGAAGCCAAUUCAGAAAUGUGCCACAUACUGCCUUCCAGCCUCAUGUAGAAGAGUGUCCUGAAGGAUAUGGCUUUGACUUGACCUCAAGACAAUGCCUUGACAUUGAUGAAUGUAGUGUUGGCUUUGAUGACUGUUCUCAAGCAGAGAAGUGCCUCAACAUUCUGGGAGGCUAUGUAUGUCAGCCUCGUGUUCGCUGCACUGCCGGUUUUGCUCCAGAUACUCUCACUGGGGAAUGCAAAGAUGUUGAUGAAUGUGCAGCAGGUAUAGGAAAUUGUCUUCCAGGACAAAUUUGUUACAACACUAUUGGAGCUUUUGAAUGUCGUGUGGAAUGUCAAGAUGGCUUCAGAUAUGAUCCUACAGAUGCUGCUGUCUGUGUGGAUGUUAAUGAAUGCUUGCGGUCCCCAUGUGGUUUUGAGGAAGCUUGCCACAAUACUGAGGGCUCUUACAUCUGCAUUGCUUCAAAUAGUGCAACUACUUCUAUCUUCACCACAAGCUUCACCAGUACAACCACAAGUACCAAGUCUCCAGCUAUUUGUCUCCCUGGUUUUGAUAGGAAUCCAAAAACCUUAAGGUGUGAUGAUGUUGAUGAAUGUGAAGAAGGACUUCAUAACUGUCAGGUGGGCCAUGAGCAAUGUGUCAAUACCUAUGGAGGCCAUGACUGUCAGCCACGACCUUGCUCUCCAGGAUUCAUUCAGGACCCACAUGACCCCAGCCUCUGUAAAGAUGUGAAUGAGUGUGAAUCAUCACCAUGUGAAGCAGAGGAAGUGUGCGUCAACACCAAUGGAUCAUAUAGCUGUCGCCUUCUCCUCACCCCCUGCUCCCCAGGAUUCAGGAGGAAUGAGGAGAAUGAGGAAUGUGAAGAUAUUGAUGAGUGUGCUGAGGAAGCUCCAUGUAGUUCAGAAGAACGUUGUGUCAACACUCAUGGCAGCUAUAGGUGCAGGAGUGUGCAGUGUCCAACUGGCUACCAGCAAAACAUUUGGGGCCAGUGUAGAGAUGUGAAUGAAUGUGAAACAGGAGAACAUACCUGCAACAUUCCAAGAGAGCAAUGUGUCAAUUCUAUUGGCUCAUUCAGAUGUAAGCCUCUCCCAGACUGCCCUCAGGGCUUCACCAGACAUCCUACCUCUCUCAGAUGUGUUGAUGUUGAUGAGUGUGUGGAAGGAAUCCAUGACUGUAUGGAUGGUGAGCAGUGUUUCAAUCAGUAUGGUCAGUAUGACUGCCGAGCAUCACCCAAGUCCUGCUCCAGAGGAUUCAGGUAUAAUGCACGGGACAGACGUUGCAAAGAUAUUGAUGAAUGUGCAGAGAAUUCUCAUUCCUGUGAAUCGUAUACUCAGACUUGUAUCAACUCACAAGGAAGCUUUAGAUGUAUUCACCAAAAUCCCACUUGUGACUUUGGUUACAGGUACAAUGAGGAACUUCAGUCCUGUGAGGACAUAGAUGAGUGUACAGAAGAUACCCAUGACUGCUCCUCUGUGGAGACCUGUGUGAACCACCUUGGUCACUACACAUGUCAGCAUCGCAGUGUUGAUGGUGAUUCUCUGAACUCUACAGCAUACAACAAAGAAAACAAUGACGAUGUUAGUGAUUAUGAAGUAGUGCUGGCUAAGAGGCCAGGUGAAGGAGGGAACAAGCGAAGCAGGUGUUCAGCAGGUUAUCGUUACAACAGGCGGCGACGUACCUGUGUGGACAUUGAUGAGUGUGAGGAAAAACGGGAUAUCUGCAAUAAACUCACAGAGAAAUGUGUGAAUAUUGAUGGUACCUACUGGUGUAGCCUUAUUUUGCACCAUUCUGUACCUUCCAGUCAGCAUGUUAUCACCUCUACCACCACCACUACCCUCAAGCCUCCUCCUUUACCUUCCCUUCCUCCAAAGCCUGAUAACUUUGUUCCACAGUGUCCAUUGGGAACAGAGUACAGCCGCCUAGCAAAAGCAUGUGUAGACAUUGAUGAAUGUGCCACAAAUCCCUGCAAAGAUUUUGAAGUGUGUGAAAACAGCCAGGGUUCAUACCAGUGUCAGUGUCUAGCUGGAUACUCCAGAGAGGAUCCAGAUGGGGACUGUGAAGAUAUGAAUGAAUGUCAACUGGACUUACACACUUGCACUUCCACUCAACGUUGUGACAACACUGUUGGUUCAUAUGCUUGUAUUCGUAUUGCUGGCUGUGGCACAGGCUACACCCUGAAUCAUAAUACUGGUGAAUGUGAUGAUAAUGAUGAAUGCAAGCUGAACACUCAUAAUUGUGACCAAGCAGGCCCACAAUAUGAGUGUUUUAACAUCAAAGGAUCUUUCCGCUGCAACCUCAAGACCUGUCCUCCAUUCCAUAUUCUCAAUGAUGAAGGAAAUUGUCUUGCUCGCUCCUGUGAUGUAGGAUAUAGGCCUGGAAGAUUUAACUGUGUUGAUAUAGAUGAAUGUGCAGAAGAUAACCCAUGCCAGCAAAAUGAAAGCUGUACCAACACCUUCGGGUCCUACAGAUGCCAGCCACGUCUUAACUGCUAUGCUGGAUUUGAGAUGAAUGAAGCAGGCACUCAAUGUGUAGACAUAGAUGAGUGUGCCAAGAAGACCCAUCAGUGUGUGGGCAAUCAAUUGUGCUCUAACAGGCAGGGCAGUUAUGUCUGUUUUUGUCCACAAGGGUUUAGGCGAAAUGCACAGCAGCAGUGUGAGGAUAUCAAUGAGUGUGAAUCUUACCAUGGAAGGGUUUGUGCCAAUAAUGCUGAGUGUGAAAACACUGAGGGAUCCUUCAUCUGCAACUGUAAAGCUGGCUUCAGAAAAGCCCCCAAUGGAUUAUCCUGUGUUGUCCCUUUAACCUGCAGUGAUGUUGAUGAGUGCGAAAAUGCCCGUAAUCGUGGUCACUUGUGUAUUGGCUUGUGUGUUAAUGUUCCUGGCUCUUUUAAAUGCACCUGUCCGGAGACCUACACUUUAGCUGCUGAUGGUCGCACUUGCAAAGAUAUCAAUGAGUGUGAGACCGGCAAUGUUUGUCGUGGUAUAGGUGAGCAGUGUGUCAAUACUCGAGGAGGAUACAAGUGUAACACCAUCACCUGUCCUGACAACUAUGUUCAAGACUCACGCCAGAAAAACCGCUGCGAGAGAAUGACAUCACACUGCCGUGUGGGUGAUGACGCCUGCAGGCUGAAGCCACUAAGUUACUCCUACAACUACUUACCUCUAGUCAGCAACUUGACUCUCCCCUCAAUAGGUGAAGUUGAUAUCUUUGCUAUGAGGGGCCCCCUUUGGUCCACCACCACUGUUCAGUUUCAGCUGGAGCUUGAAUAUGUAGAACCCUCAGCUGAAGUGAAACCAGUUACAAGGGACUAUUUCAAGCUCAAACGUACAGCCUAUAACCAGGCUGUCAUAUCCUUGGUAAAAUCCAUAAUUGGGCCACAGGAAAUUCAGUUGUCUUUAAAUAUGAAACUUUAUCAGCAAGGUCGAUUCAGUGGGUCAGCUGUAGCCAAGCUCUUGCUUUAUGUAUCAGAAUACACUUUCUGAGGAGGAUGCUCCUUUGCUGUGUUAAGGUUGGAAUUGUAAGCCAAUUGAAAAAUGUGUAGAAAAUUAAGAUUAGACCAUUUUUUUUUUUAACUUCUGAUUUUUAUAGAGUGAAAGAAGUGUUUUUUUUUUUUUUUUUUUUUUGUAUGAUUUAAUAAUCAAUAACUUCUAAGUGCUAGUGACAUUGACGUAAUAUACUCAUGUACAAGCAAGUGCAUGAAUUUUAUGUUUUUCAAAUUAAGCAAUGUACAAUGUGCUGUAGUGUCCUUACAGUCUUUGUUGCUGCCUUGAUAUACUAGAUGAUUAUAGGAACUGGGAAGCAUUUUGAGGAUCUCUCUGAAAGUUACUUAGCUUUUACAUGUACUGUUAGUUACCAGAAUGUGUGCAUUUCACAGGGCUGUACAUAAUCAUAUGUAACUUCAUGUCAAUAGCUUUUACUUUAAUAUUGAAUGCACUUUAUCAACAAUUUAUUGUUCAUUUGUUUUAUUCUAUUUUUUUCCUGUUUUACUCUGAAUUAUUUGAAAAUGUUUCCAUUAGAAAAUAAAAUCUAUUUCCUCAAGAUAACUCAUUUAGUCUUUGGCAUAACACAGAGGAAAUAUUUUUAUUUAUGUUUUUUAAUUUUUUUAUUUUUAUUUUAAGUACUCUGGGUUCAUUGAACUUGUUUAUUUUAUCAACUGUAUGUAUUACAGUAUAGAUGUAUUGAUUUAGUAUUUUGAAGUAAUUUAACUUGCCUAAGAAUUAAAAAUCACCCAGGCAAUGAA